AUGCACGCUUGUGUGCCCUCUUUGCCCCGUCUACUCUACCUGCUCUCCAUGGCUCCUCUUCUGACAUGUUUCCACUAUUUUGCCACCCCAACCUCACCAGGGCUGGCCACGUGUGGCAAUUGCCCGUCCCUGGCCACAUGCACGCUUGUCUCCUCCACCAGAAAGGCUCCCUACUGCGUCUGCCCUCGUGGCUAUGGCAUGGCCAGCACUGGUUGCGUUGCCGGUGCAAGCAGCCCAGCAGCAGCUCCCCUCAACGGCAGGUGCAAGCAGCCCAGCAGCAGCUCCCCUCAAUGGCAGGUGCAAGCAGCCCAGCAGCAGCUCCCCUCAACGGCAGGUGCAAGCAGCCCAGCAGCAGCUCCCCUCAACGGCAGGUGCAAGCAGCCCAGCAGCAGCUCCCCUCAACGGCAGUUGCAAGCAGCCCAGCAGCAGCUCCCCUCAACGGCAGGUGCAAGCAGCCCAGCAGCAGCUCCCCUCAACGGCAGGUGCAAGCAGCCCAGCAGCAGCUCCCCUCAACGGCAGGUGCAAGCAGCCCAGCAGCAGCUCCCCUUAAUGGCAGGUGCAAGCAGCCCAGCAGCAGCUCCCCUCAGAGCGAAGACAGGUGUUGUUGGUCCAAGUGGAAUCCCCAAGGUGGUGUCCGAAGCGCGCAGCCAAGCAUCAGCAGCUCCUCUCACCCCGAAGGCGGGUGUUGGCGCAAGUGGAAUUUCCAGACCUGCAAUCGGUUUGCCUAUAAGGAGGGGUGCAGCAGGAGUGACGGGAAGUGGCAUUCCGAAGCCAGGCAAGGCAGGUGUUGUGGGAGAGAUGGGAGGAGAGGUGGAGGAAUGUGGUGAGCUGUAA